CUCGCAAAAAACUUCAAUCAUUUUCGUCUUCUCUAAUCUCGUUCCUCGUGUGCGCCACGUGUUCUCAGAUGACAGCAACUUGCUUAAUCACGCCACCGAUCUGAGCGGAGCCAAUGGAGGUCCAGAGGAUCAUGCUCUUGUUGCUCCUCUGCUGCAGAAUUCUAAGCAAUCGUGUAACUCUUGUGGGUGGAAACCACACCGCUUCCAGGUUCUGCACUCGCUAGAAACUACAAAGUUCCCACCUUUAAUUUCUUAAUUUGGGGAUUUCAGAAUUUCUUUCUUCCUCUCUCGUUUUCACAAUCACAUUCCUUUUUUCUGCGUCUCAAUGGAGCUCGGUAAGGUGUGUAAGGGUAAGAGGAAAGGGAUGCAUUUUCAUGGUGGAACUAUUGCUUUCAAUCCCGAUGCUGUUCUUGUCAUUCGGAUCCCAGAGGCUCAGGUUUUGCGCAUUUUGUCACGAUCCUUGUUUUUAGCUAUUGUUAUUGUGUCUUUGCCUUUCUUGGGAACCAUUCUUACGGGAUUCCCUUCUUCGAGUUCGAGUUCAAGCUCGUUGUUUUCUGUAUCCGGUACCAGAACCUAUUCUGGUUAUCUCAAUGCGGGGCUGCUGAAUUCGGUUGUUCAUGAUUUGGCUGAAGAAGGUCUAUUCAAGAAGGAUGAUAAGGCUCUGCUUUUGAGCUCUUUCCAUGGCGGAUUUGGGUUUGGAUUUGGAUUUGGAAGUGUUGCUAUCCUCAAUAACAAUGAGGUUGAUGUGGUCAUGGACUCUGAUUUGGAAAUGAAGAAAGGCUUGUUCCCUGAUGAGUCCUAUGACUUUGUGUUCACUUCUUCCGAAGACGCCGAGUUUGUCGAUAGAAUUCUGAAAGUUGGUGGCAUUGUGGCUCUUCCAUUGGCUGCUCAACCCUUGAAUGCAGCUUUCAGAGAACAAUCCAAUUAUAGAAUUGUGUACCUUAGGAGAUAUGAUUGCAUCAUUGUUGCAUUGAGGAAGACCAGCCCGGCCACUAUUAAGUUGGCUGAUGAUUCAUCUUCUUCCAAAAAGAGGAAGCUUUGCAAAUUUGGAAAUGAAGAAAAGAAAAUGGUGUUGGAAGGUCUUGAAGAUGUGCUCCUUGAGCCACCUAGAGAGGUUGACACCAAAUUGGAGUAUAGAAAGAGUUUCAAGUACCUACCUGACUUGUCGGGUGAUCCUCUUGAAGGCUAUAGUAGAAGACUAUUCAUUGAAGUAGGCUUGGCUGAGGAAAACAAGGGUGUAAUACAAUGGUUUGAACAUAACUACCCCAAGAAGAACACAGAAUUCGAGACUCGUAGUAUCAAUGCUGAUGAUGCUUCUGCUUGGUUGUCUAAGCAUGUGAAGGAGGAAGAGUAUGUUGUGAUGAAGGCAGAAGCAGAGGUGGUGGAGGAGAUGAUAAAGAAAAGGACAGUGUGCUUGGUGGAUGAACUCUUCUUGGAGUGUAAGAAUGAGUGGUGGCAGAAGGGGAAGAGAAAGAGUAGUCGAAGACGAAGAGCAUAUUGGGAGUGCUUAGCCUUGUAUGGAAGGCUGAGAGAUGAAGGUGUUGCAGUUCACCAAUGGUGGGGUUGAAUUUGAAUUGAAUUGAAUGGAGAACUUAGUUAUUAAGGUGCGUAGUCUUUUGUGUUUCGCUGAAUGGUCACCACUCUCCAGUGUUAUAUUAUGAUUUGAUGAUUGUCCUCUUUCUAGUUUCUUUCUGUAUUUUGGAAUUGUCAAUAAGGAACGCCAAGAAUGGUGCAUGUUGUACUCUGUCAUUGUGAUGUGAUCGUACUAUAAAUAAAGAAUAAAGGCUUGUUUUCCUUGA